CGUAGUAUUUCUCUUCAUUUCAAAUCCCUGUCGUGGCAGCACGGGUAAGGCAGAGGACUUUUCUCUCCCCCCUUCAAACUAAGGGGAAAACCCACCACCAAGAGCCUAGUGCACGUCUUAAAGAGUAAACCGAGGACUUUUAGGAGGAGGAAACAUUAGUUUGAAGGCACGCUGCGGUGGUAUCGGUUCACUGUGUGCACUAGUGUCUCCACACUUGCACUGGAUACACGAAGCAGGACGUUUUCACUUAUCUGCGACGCCGACUCGCAGGAACCCCGCGAUCUCCCUGAUACCCGCCAAACAUUCACACGGUUGACGGCCUACAGUUCCAGCGAUCCCAGGCUUGGGGAAAUUAUUAACCAGAAACCAAGCACAACAGGACCCUGACCUCAUUAUAUAUUGCUGCAUUAUCACUGGGCAUCUGGGCUGGAGAGUGAGGCGGGCUUGGUUUGCGAGCUUCGCUCCAAAGCCGUCCGAUGACUGUCUGACUCAUCACAACCCGCGAAUGACAGGCGUGCAUUCGAGGGUGGGGCCCGCCUCAGUCUCACAUGAUUGGCCGCUGGAUGGAAAUAAGGUGAAUGGAACACAUGCCCAAGGAGCAAGACCCAAACCAAUCAGAGGGAGAAGAGAAACGGUGGCUCGAUGGCCCGAAAAGGAAGAGAAAGAACAGCCAGUGUUCGGUGAAGAGCAUGUCUGGGUACAUCCCCAGCUAUCUGGAGAAGGAUGAGCCAUGUGUGGUGUGUGGAGACAAAGCUACAGGCUACCACUACCGCUGCAUCACCUGUGAGGGCUGUAAGGGAUUCUUCAGACGCACCAUCCAGAAGAACCUCCACCCCUCUUACUCCUGUAAAUACGAUGGCUGCUGCAUUAUCGACAAAAUCACCCGCAACCAGUGCCAGCUGUGCCGCUUCAAGAAAUGCAUCGCCGUGGGCAUGGCCAUGGAUCUGGUUCUGGACGAUUCCAAACGGGUUGCGAAACGACGCUUGAUUGAGGAGAACCGUGAGAAGCGGAAGAAGGAGGAGAUGGUCAAGACCCUUCAGAAUCGGCCAGAACCCACCAGCUCAGAGUGGGAGCUGAUCCGUAUGGUGACAGAAGCUCACCGCCACACCAAUGCACAGGGCUCUCACUGGAAACAGAAACGCAAGUUCCUGCCGGAGGACAUCGGACAGUCUCCGGUGGUUCCCACAUCAGAUGGUGACAAAGUGGAUUUGGAGGCCUUCAGCGAGUUUACCAAGAUCAUCACCCCAGCCAUCACACGUGUUGUUGACUUUGCCAAAAAACUGCCCAUGUUUUCAGAGCUGCCUUGUGAGGAUCAGAUCAUCCUGCUGAAGGGCUGCUGUAUGGAGAUUAUGUCCCUACGAGCCGCAGUUCGAUACGACCCAGAAAGCGAGACGUUGACCCUGAGCGGGGAGAUGGCUGUCAAACGAGAGCAGCUUAAGAAUGGAGGGCUGGGCGUUGUGUCUGACGCCAUCUUCGACUUGGGCAAGAGUCUGGCUCAGUUCACCCUGGAUGACACAGAGGUGGCCCUGCUGCAGGCCGUCCUGCUCAUGAGCUCAGAUCGAACAGGCCUGACGUCUGUGGAGAAGAUCGAGAAGUGCCAGGAGAUGUACCUCUUAGCGUUCGAACACUACAUCAACUAUCGCAAGCACAACAUUCCUCAUUUCUGGCCCAAGCUGCUGAUGAAGGUGACGGACCUGCGCAUGAUCGGAGCCUGCCACGCCAGCCGCUUCCUGCACAUGAAGGUGGAAUGCCCCACUGAACUCUUCCCCCCACUUUUCCUGGAGGUCUUCGAGGAUCAGGACGUGUGACGUCCCGGCGAGUCGCGGCAGGAGAAUCAGGAACGUUUCAUAACCAGUGUUUCUCUCCCCGUCUCACCCCCCUCCAUGCACCAAACUCACCAGCAACAGCUGCAUUGGCAGGGGUCAUCUUCAGAAAGGCUUUCAUAUGGGGAGGGGGGUUAAUUCAACAACUUUUUGGGGUUUUUUUGGCUUUUCGGCAGAAAACUCAGCCCUCCCUCAUCCACUAAACUCCCCAUGCGUGGCCCUUCUGUCUCGGCAUGAUGUCUUAUACUGGUUUAUCAACACCUUAGACAGAAUAUAUAUCUAUACACACACACGCACACACUCUUAUAAGUGUGUUAUAAGGUGCAGUACCUAUACGACUCGAAUUCUUCGAUGAGCUUGUAUGCAUUUGUACACGAAGAGACUGCACAACUGUCACGCCACCACUGGAGGUGCCCUCUGCUAAGACUGGAUGGCAGCUGGCAUGACCUCUACCAGGUCGUGAAGUGGUCAGUUGAUUUCAGUCAUCGAAAUCUCAGCAUUUUUGUGAGAUUAACCGCCGGUAUCUUAUGUUCACACGCCGUAGCUGCGCCAAGCUCUGGGCUAAUGUGGAGCUUCUUUAAUAGACCUCAUGAUUCUCUUCGAUAUUGAGCCUGUAUGGAGCGGGAGGACAUUUUUAAACCAAAUCAGGUGCUAUAUUUAAAUAAAGCUACUCAAAAUGAUUUGGGACCUUUGAGAAUAUGCCCCCUCCCUUCUCUGUAGGACACGGGCCGUUCAAAUGCUCUCGGUCGCCAUUUGAGUGCUCAUUCAGUGGUGCCUCUCACUGACUUUUCAAGAACUGACUUUUUUAGUUCUUGCCAUUUUCUGGGCUUAUUUGAGGGCUCCUUUUGCCUCUCUUUGUCCCAUGAAAGUCACACAGAGAUGGAAAUCCAGGCGCCCCUACACCUCCGAUCCAUGCUGAUUUGUGUUUUACAGGUGUUGGGAGGGAGACAGUAUUACCAUACUCCCAGACCCAGCGCACACAUACACACACAAACGUACUAAAACACACACCUCAAAACUCGAAUGCCUCAUUUUACUGUAUGCACUGCAGUGCUGUAGUUCUGGACUCCCAUGCAGGGCUUUGAGAGUUCAGUCCAGCCCAUAAGUGUUCCGCUCAGAUGCUACUGUUGCCCGGUCUGUGCGAACACACGCGCACACUCCUGAUGGCCCAUGGCGGACUGGCUGUUGUCGAUGUUUUUUUCCUUGUGUUGUUUUAAUUUUACCUCAAAUGUGGGCACACCUUCGGCUGGCUGUGGCUCCAUGACUGCCUCUGUGCUGACAGGUUUCUACCUCACCUCUGGACACAGGGCAGCUACCCUCAGCCACACACACAUUUACACACACCUACACACACUCGUACUCUCACACACUGACAGCCAGGAAAUAAACAGUUUCUUCUCAGUUAUGUUGAAAUACCACUGUAGACAGGAGGGCCUGCCAUUCCUCAUCGUAGCCUCGUUAAAAAAAUAA